AGUGGGCUGCCGUCUGCCAGCGGGACUCCAGAGCCCGCCGCUCCUCCCCUAGCUCAUGACGGGCUAGGGGAGGUGACAUCCACUCUGGCCCCCAAGCCAACACGACGGCGGCCGAAGAGGUGGCCUUCAUGGCCGAGGUCGACGCCUCGGCCCAACAAAGACCUGGGGGAGAAGCUCCCCGAGGUCGCCGUAGAGGGGCUGGGCCAGUCAUCGGCCCAGCCGAUAUCCGCUUCAGCUUUGCCAUCGCAGGUGGAGACCACUCGGGCCGGCACGUCGGUGCCCGGGUCCGAGGUUAUCCCGCCACCCCUGCUAUCCGAGGACGGGCAAGCACGGUGUGGACUGAAGACACCUUAAGAGCAUCGUGCCUUGAUAGGCGCGGCACUGCAGGGUUCCCGGUCCGCGGGGGCUGGCUUGCACGAGGUUUUCAAGAACCUCGUCACGAGCUUCGAGGUUUCAACCUCGGUUCCAGACUCCGUCUCCGAGGAGAUUGCGGAGAUGAACCGGAAGCUCGAGAGGUCCCAGGAGGACCUCAACCUGGUGAACAAGAGGUUCGAGCAGUCUCAAGCUGGGGACUGUGUGCUAAUGAGAUCAGCUGAUACAUCAAAGCCACCUUAUGUGGCAAAAGUUGAGUCCAUUGAGGCAGCAGGGUCUCGAGGCACAAAUGUGAGAGUACGGGUUCGAUGGUACUAUCGUCCAGAAGAAUCCAUUGGUGGGAGGCGACCAUUUCAUGGUUCCAAAGAGGUAUUCCUCUCUGACCACUAUGAUGUACAGAGUGCUGACACAAUAGAGGGAAAAUGCAAUGUCCACAGCUUCCGUAGCUACACAAAGCUUGAUUCUGUGAAUGCCGAGGACUUCUUCUGUCGCUUUGACUACAAAUCAGCAUCUGGCAGUUUCGUGCCCGACCGUAUAGCUGUGUUUUGCAAGUGUGAGAUGCCGUACAAUCCUGAUGACCUUAUGAUCCAAUGUGAGGAAUGCUCUGACUGGUUUCACCCUUCUUGUAUUGGAAUGACCAUUAAAGAAGCAAAGAAACGAGAACACUUUUUCUGCCAGAGCUGUACUGCUGAAAAUGGGAAGACAACUGAGAAUUUUCAUGAAGCCACGGGACAGUCAGAAGAAAAGGAACGCUGCUAUGGCAGCGAUGCUUGUUUUGGACCUGUGGUGGACCCCUUCAAAAGGGAACGCAGCAUGCAUGUCCCGACCUGUAUACUGAAAGCUUGGUGAUCAGUUCAAAAUAAAUCGGGGAUUACAUAUUGUUUGUUCAUUUCUCAGGG